UCGUCUCAUCGACUGGCGCUCGAAGCCCGCGGCUUACAAAAAACACUGCUGAUCAAGUCACAUAGUCGCAAAAAAAUCUGCUUUUAACCAAGGUUGACCUGAUUGCAAGGCGUCGAAGUUCUGCAAAGGUUACGGUAACGUCGACUAAGAAUAAAUGCCGAAAAAUUAAACCUAGAAAACUCGCUGUUUUUAAACAAAACACAACACGACCGAGUUUGUUUAUAGUAGCGUUAGCACUAGAGUUAGCAGAUGGCUAGCUAGCUUGGGAUCGCAGGGAGGUAACGUUACCUUGUCGACGACCGUCAACUGAAACUGCAGCGCCUUCAGCUCAGAAAACAGGCCGAAAACGACCUCGCCAUUGUUGGGCCCAGCAGGAUCAACAACAAUGUCGCUUUCGGCCGACGGUAGUUUUGCGGCUUUCCAAAGCUUCGGAGAUAAGGGACAGACUAUAUGUGUGGUGCCCGACCUCUCUUCUGAUCUCAUGGGAGAUGACUUUGACAUGAACAAGUCCUUUCCAUGCACUCAGAGGUCACUGUACAAGAAGAAGCUUUUGGCAUUGCAACGUCGUUAUUAUCCAGGUUCCUUGACAGGUGACCGUUUGGAUGUUUGCACAUCUGUGGCGCACAGAAAUCAUCAAAUCUCUAGUUUAUUUCCUGCCUCCAAAAUUUCUGCUGAGUCCCUGCCACACCCGUUCACUAUGUCGGAGACAGAAGAGAGACUCUCAAAUCAGCUAUUCUCUGGAGAUUUUGGCCUGCUGGGAAAUCCGGCUGCCAUCAACCCAAACAAAGUCCUACUUACUGUCAGCAAGAAAACCAGAGAGAUUUUGUCAGUCAAUGACCAAGCGUGCAGACUGUUUGAGUGCACCACUAAUGAGCUGACUGGAAAAAAGCUGUCCUCUAUCUUAAAGAAAACUGGUCAGGUCCUGGAAGAAGCAUUACAAGAAGAUUUUCUACUAUCAGAUGGAACUAUUGCACCUAUUUCUGGAAAACUGAUGGAUGCUGUAACAUUAUCUGGAGAGGUGCCAGUGUCUGUGUGUACACACAAACAGUCACAAAAUGACGAGUACUGGCUUUUCAUGAUGGAAAAUGUGGAAAGGGUAUCAGCCUUUUUGUCCUUUUCACAAAAUGGCAAUAUCCUAACCUGUGACUUGGCAUUUGCUCAUCUCCAUGGAUACCACCAUCCUGAGGACUUGAAAGGAGUGUCUGUUAAGGAGCUAAUCCCCUCUUUACAAAUCCCUCUCCGCAGUUAUGCAUUGCCCAAAAUGUUGAGGGUUCAGAAAGUUUGCGGUAAAAGCAGAGGAGGUGCAUCAGUCCCUCUGUGUGUCAAACUUCAGGCGGCAGUAGUGUGUGGAAAACCCCAACACCAGAGCAGUGGGAGUGGGACUGAUUUUGCCUGUCCAACAGAUAGUCUUGAAAUGUCAAGUGGAGAGGGCAAGCAGCCAUGCUCCUCUGUAUGCAAGAGAGAAGCAUCACCCUCUGCAGACUGUAAACAACCAGCCCAUGGAAAAGAGCAGUCCUCAGAAGUCAAAGCAGACAGCAUGGUUCUCUCCCCCAGUCCAGCACUGGAGUACUGUGGGACAGUUUGGGUGUUUGCUCCUGUGAGCGGCCUCCUCCUGCUCCACCCUGAUGGCUCAAUCUUCAGCAUUCACGACCAUGUGGCGCUCAGUCUGUUUGGCUACAACAAGGACGAGCUGCUGGAAAAGAGUGUCACUGUCCUGAUGCCUGGUUUCUAUGGAUGGAUGACGGACAGAAAGGCCAGCCCCUUUUCUGAUUCUCAUGUAGAGGCUGGUAAAAGUCCGGUCUCAUCCAAAAUAUCAGGAAAAUCUGACCAUUCCUCCCUGGUGGCUGGAGACAUGGCCAUGGUGCGUCAGGCUAUCCUGAGCAGUACCUCAACGGGAAGAGGCAGGAUCUUCACUGGAACCAGCACCAGGCUGGAGAAACAGGGCAGCGCUCUGUCUACCCUCUCUCCUCCGGCAGUUACCUCCACACGUGUGGUUAUGGCCUGUGAUACUGCAGAGCUGAUGGAGGAAGCAGCCCAGGUAGCUUCCUGCAGUAGCCAGCUAAACAGUGCAGAUUCCACCCAGGCACUCCUCAAGACAUUUGCCUGGGUGGAACCUCCUGGAGAGGACACUUGCUGCUUGGUUCCACCUGAACCAUCACCCCAUACCAGAGAACAGAAGCUAACCGGUGGGGUUCAGAAAAAUAAUGGACCUGGCAUCCAGAAUCUCAAAUACGCUCCUGCUCAGAAUGGACAAGCUGUUUGCAAUGUGGGUGGCAACUCUCCUGGUGUUGGAAAAGACCACCACUCAUGUGCGUCUGUCCUCCAAGACUCAAGCUUUGAGGUCAUCUCACUGGAGAGCAGAUCUUCGUCUGGCUUCUGUGAAAAAUUUGGUGGUCAUGGUGGUUCUGAUCCAGCCCAGGCUUGUCAUUCAGCACAUUUAGUGGACUCGGCCAGUUGUUUUCUGGACCUCAACAGCAAUGGUGAUCUGAUCACCAGGGCCCUAGCUGACCUGGAUCUGAGCAGUAGCAUAGAACUGCUCAGUCGCAGAGGGCACAACGAUGACAACCAACGCUCCAUGACUUCCUGUGAUACAGCUGAGCUCCUGCGCACACCCUCCCCAUGCAUGGUGGAGUCUGACCAGGAAGCGGAGCCUGUUGACACUGGGGAUCCUGCUGUGAAGAUCAGAAACGGCUCGAGUGAAGAACUAGAAAAGCACCAGGGCGAACAGGAUCAGUGGGCAGCUCUCUCUGCCAUUCAUCAAGGAAAGAGCCAAGAGUGCUCCAUACAAAUGAAUGGUGGGAUUCAGUCAAUGGCAGACGUUCCUGCCACGUCAACUCCUAAAAAGCAGAAGGUGAAUGGACCCACACUGUCCUCAGACUCGGCACAGAUACUGGAGGGGAGAUUUGAAGGAAGUGGAUACCACAGAGAUGGAACAAGAGUUGAUGUGCAGUGUGACAUCUGUACGACUGAAUUGCCUGAUGGAGGCUUCUUGUUCUGUGUGUGGAUGAGUCGACCCGGCCAGCAGGGGGCGCUGCUGCAAACGAAUCGAUCACUGCAAAACCUAUCAGCAACCAGUCUCGGAGAGAGGAUUGGUGAAGCCAGUCAAGGGGAAGCAUUGCGUUCCACCAUGGACCUUGAGCAGUCUCGAGUCUGUGACGGGCAGUUUAAAGAAGAGUACCAGCUGCUCAAAGCAGUGGGCAAAGGAGCUUUUGGUUUUGUCUGGAAGGCAGUAAGACGCUGUGAUGGACAAGAAGUGAUCGUGAAGUUCAUUAGCAAGGCCAGAAUAGUGAGCGACUGCUGGGUGGAUGACCCCAUGUUGGGACGAGUGAGCCAGGAGAUUGCCAUACUGACACGAGUGCAGCACCAUAACAUUGUCAAGGUGCUGGAGGUGUUUGAGAAUGGGAGUUACUUUCAGAUGGUGAUGGAGAAACACGGAGAUGGUUUGGACCUUUUUGAAUUCAUAGACAUGCAGCCACGGCUGGAUGAGCCCCUGGCCAGCUACAUCUUUAGACAGCUGGUUGCGGCUGUUUUCUAUCUGAGGACUAAGAACAUCCUUCACAGAGACAUAAAAGAUGAAAACAUCAUAAUCGACAAGUGUUUUCACAUCCGACUGAUAGACUUUGGCUCUGCUGCCAUGAUGGCUCCCGGGAAGCUCUUUUACAAUUUCUGUGGCACAUUGGAAUACUGCUCCCCGGAGGUGCUUCAGGGAAAUCCCUAUGAGGGUCCAGAGCUGGAGAUGUGGUCUCUGGGGGUUUUGCUCUACACUCUGCUGUUCAGUGAGAACCCCUUCUGCGAUGUGGGAGAGAUCCUGGAUGCCAAACUAAACGACCUCUUCCAUCUCUCUCCAGAGCUGCGUGACGUGUUACAUGGACUGCUGCACCCUGAACCCACUCAGAGAAUGACUUUAGACCAAUUGCUGCUGCAGUUCUGGAUCAGCCAGCCCAUUUCUCUUGCAGAAUACAGCUGGGCAGAGGUGGUUCCUGAAACUCAGAGCGUCUGCUCUCUACAGCAUCAGGAAUCCAGUCCUAAGCUGUACGUCAAGCAAGGCCUGUUCCCAGAUGUCGGUGAUGAGACUUUGCCUGAGGACGAAGAGGAGGCAGAGGAUGAGGAUGAGAGGUUGUCUAUGGUGGCCCUGGAAUCUGAGCUCCAGAAGUACCUCCAUGAGGAUUGAAGAUUGCUUUUAAAGGGAGUGAAAUAACAACUAUCUGUCCAGUGCUUAGUCUGCAGAGGUCUACAAGGAAAUAAAUAGCAACAUGAGAAACUGAAACUUUAGUCCAAUUCAGUAAUGAAGCCCUCCUUUUGAGACAGUCAUUUAGAGACAUAUGGACUUUUGCCUUUGCCACCACUGGUCAAUUACAAUGUGUUUGUUGAUAGAUUUCUCAGCGUAGCAGAAGAAGGCAAAAGCAUUAUGAGGUAUGUGCAGAUGUGUGUCAUUUAUUUAUUCUGAUUUAUUUUUUCUUUGCAGUUCGGGAAUGUUUGAAGCAGCAAAAUAAUAGUGAUAGUUAAUGGCUUCUCCAGCUUUGCUACCAAAACCCACAGGUGACCACGACCUUUUGCUGUUUACCUCAGAAACCUCAGAACUUUAAAGAUCAAUGGGCACUUGAUCCAAAUUUAUUUAACAGAUGGCCUUUUUAUCUUCCUCAUUUUAAUCUUGGAUAUUUUAAUUAAACGUGUAAGUAUAUUUACAAUAUUUUAUGUAUUUAUUUUUAUACAUUAAUAAAUAU